AUGAUUGCCGGAGAUUUUUCUCCGAUUUUCCCGAUUGAAGCCGCGGCCUCCUAUUCUUGUGCUCACCGGAAAACAGAGGCCGAAGACGCCGCCGGAGCUCAGAUAUGCCGGCCGGCUCGGCGGUCCCGGUCCGAGCCGGCUGGCACGGCGGUCCCGGUCCGAGCCUGCUGGCACGUCGUAGUCCUGUCCACAUCCACGGCGUCCCCCCCACCUCAGGGCAGCAACGCGACGGAGCGGCUCCUGGCGGCCCACAACCAGGCCAGGGCGGCUGUCGGGGUGUGGCCGCAGAGGUGGAGCCCCAAGCUCGGAGCGGACACGAGCCGGUUGGUGCGGUUGCAGUGGGACAAGAAGGGGUGCGAGUUCGCGGAGCCGGGGGCGAACCGGGCGUGGAGCGGGCUACCGGGCGAGAUCCGCGCAGACGCGGUGGGGUCGUGGGUCGGGGCCAGCAAGUACCACGACCGCGGCAACAACACGUGGGCGGCGGGGCACGACUGCGCGCGGGACCUACACCCAGGUGGUGUGGCGGAAGACGGUGGUGCUGGGUUGCGCCCAGGCUGCAGGAAGGAAGGCCCCACCCUCAUCAACCGCCUCUACUACCCCCAUGGGAACGUCCAGGGCCAGACACCCUACUAG